AUUGUGUGGCUGAACUCGGCCGCCGCUGUAGUGUGAGGCGUGUGUUCGGGCACUAUCCCCACCCGCUCCGCGACUCCUGCCUUGCGGUCCGCCGUUCGAGAGCCAGCCUUCGGGCCACUGCCCGCCACGGCCAUGCCACGCGUCUACAUAGGACGCCUUAGCUACAACGUCCGGGAAAAGGACAUCCAGCGCUUUUUCAGUGGCUAUGGCCGCCUCCUUGAAGUAGAUCUCAAAAAUGGGUACGGCUUCGUGGAGUUCGAGGACUCCCGCGACGCCGACGACGCCGUUUACGAGCUGAACGGCAAGGACCUUUGCGGCGAGCGCGUGAUCGUAGAGCACGCCCGGGGCCCGCGCCGUGACCGCGACGGCUACAGCUACGGAAGCCGCAGUGGUGGAGGUGGAUACAGCAGUCGCAGAACCUCUGGCAGAGACAAAUAUGGACCACCUGUUCGUACAGAGUACAGGCUUAUUGUAGAAAAUCUCUCUAGUCGUUGCAGUUGGCAAGAUUUAAAGGAUUUCAUGAGACAAGCAGGUGAAGUGACCUAUGCGGAUGCUCACAAAGAACGCACAAAUGAAGGCGUGAUUGAGUUUCGCUCCUACUCUGACAUGAAACGUGCUUUGGAUAAACUGGAUGGUACAGAAAUAAAUGGCAGGAACAUCAGGCUCAUUGAGGAUAAACCACGAACGAGCCAUCGGCGGUCUUACUCGGGAAGCAGAUCCAGGUCACGAUCGAGGAGAAGGUCUCGAAGUAGGAGUCGCAGGAGCAGCCGCAGUAGAUCUCGAAGUGUCUCAAAAAGUCGCUCCCGAUCCAGGUCGCGGAGCAAAGGUCGAUCACGAUCUCGAUCAAAGAGCAGGAAAUCCAGAUCCAAGAGCAAAUCUAAGCCUAAGUCUGACCGUGGUUCCCGGUCCCGCUCUCGAAGUCGAUCUAAGGAUAAGUAUGAGAAGUCUCGAAGCAGAUCUCGUUCUCGAUCUCGUUCUCCAAAGGAAAAUGGAAAAGGUGAUAUAAAGUCCAAGUCCAGAUCAAGGAGCCAGUCUCGUUCCAAUUCACCCCUACCUGUUCCACCCUCAAAGGCUCAUUCUGUGUCCCCUCCACCAAAAAGAGCUGCAUCAAGAUCCCAUUCUAGAUCUCGCUCCAAGUCAAGGUCAAGGUCCAGAUCGAGUUCCAGAGAUUAAUCCAGAACUCUUAACCUUCUUUGCACACUAUUAUGGAACACUUUCCUACUUGCUUAGGCAGUUAUUUCAUGUUUAUACUUGGCCUCUUCUGCAAGAGGAAUUACCUAAAAAAGAGGGGCACACAAAAAUUUGAUUUGUGGCCAAAUUUGAUGAAAAAGAUAAGAGGUUCUAAAGAAAUGGUGGCAUGAAGUCAAAGACCCUCUCCCUUCUUUGUAGAAUUAAGAUUAUUUUGAUUUUAUAGCUUUUGAGCUAAAAUAACUUUUGUAAAGAUUAAGCUCAAUUUAGAUUUUUUUUUUUUUUUUUUAAGUAUUUCAGCAGGAUCUGCUGCAGAGGUUUUUUGUUUUAUUCGUUUGCUUAUUUCUAAAUUAACUGUUUCGAGCUUUGAAUACUUAAGGCUUUAGAGGGGAGAAUUCAAUUUUCAAUUAUGUUGGCUUUUUAUAAAGCUUGAGUUUAUGUAAGAUUUAAAUAAAAGUUUGCUACCAA